CGUCAAGGGACAAACAAACAGUACAGGAAAGGUCAAGCACAGCUUGGAGAUUGGUGCGGGAGCGGCGCACGACAUAAAAAUUCCGCGGGUCUCGACAUCUGAAUACUCUCUCAUAUAACGAAACACAAACGUCGGUUCCAACUGCAACGUCACAGAACGAUUGACCGACUACUUCCCCCCCAAAAUGUCGUACACAUUUACCAUACUCUCCCCGACGGACAACCCGCUCUUCACCCACGAAUUCGGCACUUCAAGAAGCGGCGGCGACGGCGUAGCACGCUUCACGACCUCCGAGCGCGCACUGAAUCCCUUCAUCAUCCACUCCGCCCUCGACAUCGUAGAAGAGGUCCAAUGGGGCCCCAGCACCUCGUCCGGCUCCGCGCCAAUGUACCUGAAGCACAUCGACAAGUACCAACAUAAUUACAUAUCGUGCUGGAUCACGGGCGCCAAUGUACGAUUUCUAUUACUCACGAGGCCGAGGGACGAGGCGCUAGGGUUGGGCGGAGGAGGCGGCAGUAGGGGCAGUCUGGCGGGUGGGAGGGGCGCGUUGGGCGGAAACGUGUAUAACCCUACGGCGCCGGCGACCGAGGAGGCGGUCAAGAACUUCUUCGUCGAUGUGUAUGAGGCAUGGCUCAAGACGGUCAUGAAUCCGUUCUUCUCAGUGGCGAAUGGAGAUGUGGUGAAAAGCCCGGUUUUCAGGCAGAGGGUCGCGGCUGCAGCGAAGAAGUACUUGUGAAUUUGAGGAAGAGAUAUGGGGAAGAAAUGAUAUUAAUGAUACCAAUCACGGAUUGAAGAUACGGAAAGCCUAACAGGGCUAUGGGUCUGAGGCUCGUCCGCGUGCAUGAAUGGUGUAAUAUGACUGCUAGAGGUACAUGCAGACUGAAGGAGAGCGAAGACGAGCGUUAUGUGUCAGAGUAGAGGGAACUAGAUCUUCUCUCUUCAAGAUGCUAUUAAUUGUUUGGUUCUUGUCUGCCUCGAUUGGACUUAGGACGCACAAGCACGAGUCAAUAAAGUGAAGGAUACAGGUGUAACGUAUCUACCACUUGCAGUCAUGAAUGCAUAUGCAUUGCAUGCCUCAAGGUGCUUCACACAAUAGAUAUAUAAGAACAAGCUAGAACAAAUCACAUGAGAAUUUAGCAAAGCUUAACUAGUUACAAUUGCACAGCAACGUCAGACUAGAAACAUCACAAUACAACAACGC